AUGGACGUUCUAAGUCAACUAUCCAUUAUUUUCUUCUUACUUGGAAGAGAAAUCCAUUGUCAAUAUGAAAAUUACGAAUUGGAGGACGACUAUGAUCAAGAGGCUGAUGCCUAUCCACCUACAUUUGAUUUUAAUCCAAACUUAGACUAUAGAGUGUCUUAUUUUCAGUAUCCUACUGACUGUGCCAGGGAGUGUUUUUGCCCACCAGCUUUGCCACCAUCUAUGUUCUGUGACAACCGCAAACUCAAGACUAUUCCAAAUAUUCCAACCCGCACUGAACAACUCCACCUUCAGUUCAAUGAAAUCGAAGCCGUGACAGCCGCCUCGUUUCUUAAUGCUACUUCUUUGAAAGAAAUCGACCUCAGUCACAACAAAAUUAAAUCUCACAAGAUCGAUUAUGGUGUAUUUGCCAAGCUUUCAAACCUCCAGCAACUUCAUCUGGACCACAACAAUUUAGAAGAAUUCCCAUUUCCUCUUCCUAAUGGUCUAGAAAGGCUUCUUCUUGGUUACAAUGAGAUCUCCAGAGUGCAUGCGCAUGCCAUGGAUGGUCUAAUACAUUUGACCAUGCUUGAUCUCUGCAAUAAUCAACUUCACGACUCUCUGUUAAAAGGAAAAUCCUUUUCCAACAUGAAAAAAUUAAUGCAGAUCAAUCUUUGCAACAACAAAUUGCACUCAAUGCCUACUGACCUGCCUUCCUCCCUCAUGUACCUCUCUCUGGAAAACAACUCCAUCUCUUUCAUCCCAAAAAAUUAUUUCCAGGGACUUCAAAAACUUGCAACUCUAAGAAUGUCACACAACAACCUGCAAGACAUCCCCUACAAUAUUUUUAACCUUUCCAAUCUUGUAGAGCUCAACCUUGGGCAUAACAAACUGAAGCAAGCAUUUUAUAUUCCACGAAAUCUAGAACAUCUGUACAUCGAAGACAACGAAAUUGAAAAUGUAAAUAUUACACUUCUGUGUCCAUCUAUUGAUCCACUACACUACCAUCAUUUAACCUAUAUCCGCCUGGAAAAAAAUAGGCUAAAAGCACCGAUAAGCACUUAUGUGUUCUUUUGCUUCCCGCACAUGCACACCAUUUAUUAUGGUGAACAAAAAAAUGUUGCUGGAGAAGCAAUACGUCUGAAGACUCAAGUGUUUCGCAGAUUCCACGAAGGGGAGGAAGAAGACAGCGAUCAUGAAGAAAGGUCUGAACAAGAAGAAAUGGAAGAUGAUGAAUUUGGUCCUUAUUCCUAUUAAAUUAAAUCAUUGCCAAAAAAAAUACAUAGAAAGGCUUUGCUCAGUUUUAGGCUUUACAUUUCUUAUCCCACAGCUGGCUAUUAUAGAAAUUCUGGACGAU